AUGCCUCUGGACCAGGCCAUGCCAGCGGCUCUGGACACAGACACAACCAUGCCCACGGCCACCAGUACCCCCAGGGAGCCAACAGUGGCCCCAGGAACACCUCCAGACCAGGCCAUGCCCCCAGCCCCCAAACAUCACCACAGCCACAGUCAUGCUGGGCGUGCCAACAGCCACACCCACGGCCCUCCUUCCCCCCCAGAGCAUUCCUUCCAGCCCCAGCAGGAGCCUGAGGAGGAGGAGAGGGUUCCGAAGGAAGACUCUGGAUAUGAACACGCUGAGGGGGAGGAGUCACAUCAGGCUCCGCCCCCUGGGAACAGAGAAGUUUCCCGCCUCAUGACCUAUCUUCAGGAGAAACAGGUCCAAGACUUGAGCAAUAAAAUUGUGGCCCUUCGUGAGGCAUUUCAUUCACUCCUGACCCAGGACAGCACAAAAAACUUCCUGCUAGUUGCAGGAAAGAUGAUUCUUUCAGGGCUGGUCCAGCUCAACCAGGCGGAUAUUAGUUCCCUCUGCACAUCGUUCAACCGCCUGGUGAGCUACAUUGAAGAUCCCGCCCACAGGGCUGGGAUAGAGAGGGAGCUGGCCUCUGUCAACAUCCAUCACACCAACUUCCUGGAUAUUGUGUAUGAUUUCAUCAUUCUGGGAGUGAUAAAAAACAAUGCUGCCUUGCCUCCACAAAACAAGCAGGAACAGGGAUUCCUUGAUCACCUUUUCCAGGUGCUGGAGCCAAUUGUAACCCCUCCAACUGGAUGGCAGCCAUGUGCCAAAAUGUUCCAGGAAGUCCUUCAGGUCCAGCUAAUGAAGUUGCUAGACAGCAUCCUGGAUCUGGACGAGUCCACCUUCAGCCAAGCUGACGUCCUAUCAGCUGUGCUCUUCAGCCGGCUGGAGGGAAUCAUCCAGGAGCUGCUGGGAGAUCUAGAUGGCUGCUGA